GCGCGCUGCAAAUCGGCCGAGGCACGCGCGUCGCGUCGCAUCUCAUCGCAAAGAAACGGGCAAUUUCCAGAUCUGUUGCGCAGGUGAUACAGCGGAUGAAUCUGGGACACUAAACAGUCGCCAUGAAGCAUUUUCUAAGGGUGCUGACGCAGUUUCUCUUAUUUCUGUACUGCAAAUGUUUGUGGCGAGGUUUGAAGUUUAUCUUCAGGAAGGUGACAGGACGAUGCGAGCUGCAGCGGAUCUGCUACAACAACAAGCCUGGUGCUCGCCGGACCCUGAAGAUCGAAUCCUCGCUCAAAUGUUCUAAAAGGGAGCUUCUGCAGAAUGCUCUCAGCGUUCACCCAGAUGCCGUUGAAAAGACCAUAGAUGACAUCAUGGCCUUGAAAAAGAUCAACCCUGACACAAAUCCACAGCUGGCCAUCUCUCUGCAGGCGAGCCUCUUCCAGAUUGUGGGCUACAGGAACUUGGUGCUGGAAGUGGAGAAGUUGCGCAGGGAGCCAUACGACUGUGAAAAUCCCGAUCAUGAAGAGAUGCUUAUGAAGCUGUGGAAGACACUCCGUCCUGAUUCUGUCCUUACUGGACGCAUCUCUAAGCAGUGGUGUGAAAUUGGGUUCCAAGGCAGUGACCCCAAAACUGACUUUAGGGGCAUGGGCUUAUUGGGUUUACACAACCUACUGUAUUUUGCGGAGCACGACAAGGCCGCCGCUCUUCAAGUGCUGCAUGACUCUCUGCAGCCCAAACACAGGAACAUUUCCAAAGAGGAAGCCAGUAAGAUGAGCAAAGCUGAGUGGGAGAAGCAGAAAUUAGACAAAGCUAUUGGAUACUCCUUUGCCAUCGUCGGCAUCAACAUCACGGACCUGGCCUACUCGCUGCUGGUGAGCGGAGCUCUGAAGACUCAUCUGUACAACGUGGCACCUGAGAUGCCCAGCCUCAUGCACUUCCAGCAGACCUUCUGUUAUCUGAUGCAGGACUUUCACCGAUUCUGGAUUGAGGAGGACCCGUGUGACAUCAUGGAGUUCAACCGAGUGCGCACCAAGUUCCACAAGCGCGUCCUGAGGCAGCUGAAAAAUCCAGACAUGGCCCUGUGCCCUCAUUUCACUGCCUCCGAUCUUCACCUCGUCAACCUGUAGUUCCUCACCUCAUCCCACACCUCUGACCUCUUCCCAUUCUUCACUUUGUCUAAGCUUUCUGUCAUCACUGCCGACUGGACACACACACACACACAGACACAAUGUCAGUAUUUAUGGCUGCGCUGCUUUCUCUGUCAGACACGUAGAAAGCUCAAUUUUUACACGCCAUUGUACACGAACAUUAUCUCGAUAGAAUUUAACACGCCGUUAUCAACAAUUCAGACGUGCAAAACACUACAGCGUCAUAAAUAAAAGUGUUUCCUAUCUGAUUAGACAAUGUGAAUAUAAGCUUCCGGUAAAGCUAAUAGAGAUUCAGCCAAAUGGACAUGGUGAUGGACAGUCAGUGAGGGCUUGUUAAAGCAGUAUCGGAUCACAGCUUGUUGCAGAGACAUUUAUUUCCUUUGUAAUGGACACGUCAUUGACACUGAAAUUUUUUUAAAUUUUAUUUUUGGUUUUAAAGAAAAAAUUCACCUUGGAUGACUAAUUCUGAUUUAAUGGGAUGUUUAAUGCCAUCCAAGGUUUAUGUUUAAAGGUUUAUGAGUGAAAAGUAACUUCUGCCAUCAACAUAUUGGUCUAUUUGUACUUUAGUUGAUGGAUUUCUCCUUUACCCACAAUGCUGUUUGACUUGUGUGUACAUUGUGGCUGCAAUGAGAUUUAGUGGGAUUUUAUUUCUUGCUUGAUCUCUACGUAAGAGGGAGUAGGAAGUUUGUUAAAACAAUUUCAUUUAGUGCAACUUAUUAUUUUUUAGUAGUUUGAAAACUCCAACACAGUGGUCAUUUACAUUCAACCUCAAACACUAUAGAGCUUAGGUUUACUUUCUUAUUAAUACACUACUGUCAACGGUAUCAUGGUCAUAAUCGAGUCUCUGUCAUGAUGCGGCUGCAUUGCAUCCUGGAACCUUGAGUCCAGCGUUUGCACCAGUGUCUCCGCUGCUUCCAUUAUUGUACAUUAACAUGAUGACUGGAAAAUGGUGAAUGAAAAAAGAAGCUCUUGUUCUCCUGGUUUUAAUAUCUUACUUUAAAAGUCUGAACAUUAUCGCAACAGAUUAGCACAGGAAUCACUAAACACGUCACAAAUAUUUUAAUCAGAUAUUCGGUGUCGAGUGAGUUACAGAGCUCCCUAUUGACCAGUAGGUGGAGCUUUAACUCCGAGUCCAUUGUGACACAGUGCACAUGAGCUAACAGAUACCCCAUGCUUAUUUAGGUCAAACGAAUAGAAGCAGUUUACAUUCAGCCAUUUACAGUGUGCUUAGUGUGUGUCGCUCUUAUAUCUCUCAUCAUUUGUGAUUUCUACAUUUUUAUGACAAAUAUUAACCAGAGAAGUUUCCGCUGCCAAGAGUUGUCGAAUUUGAAACUCUGCAAAAUGGUGAUAGUGAACAUUUUGUGAACAUCAUCGUAGACUAUUCAUGAUGCUUUGGUGUUGAUGUAAAGCCAUGAUCAUGGAAUGUUCUAGGUUUUUUUUUUUUUUUGCCACCAAAGCAAUAAAUGACAUUUGGGAGAGUCCUUAGUUUAUUUAUUUGUUUGUUUGUUUGCUGAGUCAUUCUAUUUACUCUGCUACACUUAUAACAAGCAUAAGCAUCUACUUACUAUUAAGAUUUUUUUCUCUCUGUGACUUUUCUUUCUCUGUACAGACCUGGAAACUUGACACUCACAGGGUUUGCACAGUGACUUGUGUUUGCUUGUGAUUUUUUUCAGUUAGUUUAUUUGAAGUAAAAGAAGAAGCCUUAUUUAUAAGCUUUAUUUAUAUAUAUAUAUAUAUUUAUUUUAGCACUGCUCUGUCACUCAAAAACUAAUCUGAGUUUCUUACAAUGUGAAUGUCGCCAGUUUUAGCAGCGUUCAGCAUUUUUUUUUUCUUCAGGACUCAUGCAUUGUGUGGUGUUUUAAGCUAAACUGUAUAAGUACUGACAACCUUUAAAGUUUUAUAAAUGGUUAGGAAUUAGAAGCGCUUGCUAUACAUACUGCUUAAGAUGAAUUAGAUUUUCUCUUGAUAAUGAAGGCUCAUCUGUGUGCAUGGCUGAAUAUUCAUCUCGCUGUCUUUCUCGCUCAUUGGAUUAUUGGAUCAAAAGCUUAUGUCAUGAGAUUAACUUGUGCAGUGUGAAGGGUACUUAAAAAAAAAACAUUAUCAGAGCUAUAUAUGUGAAAUAAAAAUGAUA